AUGCAUCUUAUUCCUGUUGCUAUCGCCACCCUUCUGACAACUGCCAGCGCUAUCAGAAUUAUCAAGCCCGCUGCCGGUGACACUGUUCACUGCAACCAGCCAUGGCAAGUUUGCUGGACCGCGGUCGACACUGAUCCGCCACAGUUCUGCCUCUACCUCACCAACUUCAGGGAGUUCCCUCCCCAGAUCGUCGAUCUCCUCAGCCGGACGCCCAUCACAACUGAUGGUGGCGGCUGUGUGACGAUACCUCCGCCAAGUUGCCCAUCCCCCCUUCGAACAACUCCUUAUCGCGUCCGGGCUGCUUCCUGUUCAGAUCCCAAUACUAUCUACGCGGAGUCUGGGGACUUUACUCUCCUCCCUUAA